AAUAAUACUCAGUGGAGCACACUUCUACAUUUGUCUCGCAAUAUUAGUGAUAAUCUUUGGCAUACUGUUGAAAUUAUAUUCUCAGACAAUAUCCAGUUUAGACUACUUGACCCCUUUUGUGAUAGUACAUGUGUAACGCAGUCCAGGUAUGAUGGCCCAACCAACAUUGAGUUUCAGGGAAUGUCGAUAGGAGGUAUACAACCAGUGAAGACCAAAGAGGAAAAUCAUGGUAAUAACAUAGUGGAAACACAGCCCUGGCUUGUGGGCUGCUUAAGGGAUAUCAAAGUAGGUACCACUGUUAUUACAGAAGAAGUUGGGAAAUCGGCUGGUGUUGAAGUUGGCUGCAAGCGACAAGACCACUGUGAGAAACAACCAUGUGAAAACAGGGGGAAAUGCGUUAAUCUAUGGAUCAACUACUACUGUGAUUGCUAUAGGCCUUAUAGAGGGAUUAACUGCUCCACAGAAUAUGAAGUGGUGGAGUUUGGACAUGGAAAGGUAUCUUCAUAUGCCGUUUUCCACACUCUCUCU